UUGAACUUGAAGUGUAAAAAGAGAACGAGAUAUCCAAACUUGGACUGUGGAGGAGCGGAAGGGCUUUUUCUUUUCUCGUUUUUAAAAACCCGUCCUUUAAUUGUGGUGGAAAGUGUGUUUGAACAUGCACUAGAAAGAUAAGGAAGAUCCAACGAUCACAUGUCCACUUGACAUGACUGCACCAACUGACAUAGGAGUAAACAAUGCUGUGGUCACUUGGCUAGAUCCAGUAGUGACCGAUAAUUCUGGACAAUCACUGACCGUUGUGUGUGUUCCUGAAUCAGGCUCUACAUUUCCACUGGAUGUAGUGACCACAGUGACUUGUACAGUAACUGAUGAUGCAGGAAAUUCAGCUGCUUGUGACUUCACAGUGACUGUUGUUGAUGAAGAAGUCCCAGCUAUUUAUUGUCCAGCUCCCAUCUUCACGGUGACCGAUGCAGGCCAACCAGGAGCUGUCGUUACUUGGACAGUCACAGCUCAAGAUAAUUCUGGGGCUGAGCCAACCAUUGUGUGUGUUGCUGAUGGAGGACUUGUUUCUGGAGAUGAGUUCCCUAUUGGUGUUACCACGGUAACAUGCACAGCAACGGAUGCUGCCUCAAACGAAGCAAGCUGUUCAUUUACAAUCACUGUAGAGGAUGAAGAAGUUCCAACGAUCACAUGUCCACUUGACAUGACUGCACCAACUGACAUUGGAGUAAACAAUGCUGUGGUCACUUGGCUAGAUCCAGUAGUGACCGAUAAUUCUGGACAAUCACUGACCGUUGUGUGUGUUCCUGAAUCAGGCUCUACAUUUCCACUGGAUGUAGUGACCACAGUGACUUGUACAGUAACUGAUGAUGCAGGAAAUUCAGCUGCUUGUGACUUCACAGUGACUGUUGUUGAUGAAGAAGUCCCAGCUAUUUAUUGUCCAGCUCCCAUCUUCACCGUGACCGAUGCAGGCCAACCAGGAGCUGUCGUUACUUGGACAGUCACAGCUCAAGAUAAUUCUGGGGCUGAGCCAACCAUUGUGUGUGUUGCUGAUGGAGGACUUGUUUCUGGAGAUGAGUUCCCUAUUGGUGUUACCACGGUAACAUGCACAGCAACGGAUGCUGCCUCAAACGAAGCAAGCUGUUCAUUUACAAUCACUGUAGAGGAUGAAGAAGUUCCAACGAUCACAUGUCCACUUGAUAUGACUGCACCAACUGACAUUGGAGUAAACAAUGCUGUGGUCACUUGGCUAGAUCCAGUAGUGACCGAUAAUUCUGGACAAUCACUGACCGUUGUGUGUGUUCCUGAAUCAGGCUCUACAUUUCCACUGGAUGUAGUGACCACAGUGACUUGUACAGUAACUGAUGAUGCAGGAAAUUCAGCUGCUUGUGACUUCACAGUGACUGUUGUUGAUGAAGAAGUCCCAGCUAUUUAUUGUCCAGCUCCCAUCUUCACCGUGACCGAUGCAGGCCAACCAGGAGCUGUCGUUACUUGGACAGUCACAGCUCAAGAUAAUUCUGGGGCUGAGCCAACCAUUGUGUGUGUUGCUGAUGGAGGACUUGUUUCUGGAGAUGAGUUCCCUAUUGGUGUUACCACGGUAACAUGCACUGCAACGGAUGCUGCCUCAAACGAAGCAAGCUGUUCAUUUACAAUCACUGUAGAGGAUGAAGAAGAUCCAACUAUCACAUGUCCACUUGACAUGACUGCACCAACUGACAUAGGAGUAAACAAUGCUGUGGUCACUUGGGUAGAUCCAGUAGUGACCGAUAAUUCUGGACAAUCACUGACCGUUGUGUGUGUUCCUGAAUCAGGCUCUACAUUUCCACUGGAUGUAGUGACCACAGUGACUUGUACAGUAACUGAUGAUGCAGGAAAUUCAGCUGCUUGUGACUUCACAGUGACUGUUGUUGAUGAAGAAGUCCCAGCUAUUUAUUGUCCAGAUCCCAUCUUCACGGUGACCGAUGCAGGCCAACCAGGAGCUGUCGUUACUUGGACAGUCACAGCUCAAGAUAAUUCUGGGGCUGAGCCAACCAUUGUGUGUGUUGCUGAUGGAGGACUUGUUUCUGGAGAUGAGUUCCCUAUUGGUGUUACCACGGUAACAUGCACAGCAACGGAUGCUGCCUCAAACGAAGCAAGCUGUUCAUUUACAAUCACUGUAGAGGAUGAAGAAGUUCCAACGAUCACAUGUCCACUUGACAUGACUGCACCAACUGACAUAGGAGUAAACAAUGCUGUGGUCACUUGGCUAGAUCCAGUAGUGACUGAUAAUUCUGGACAAUCACUGACCGUUGUGUGUGUUCCUGAAUCAGGCUCUACAUUUCCACUGGAUGUAGUGACCACAGUGACUUGUACAGUAACUGAUGAUGCAGGAAAUUCAGCUGCUUGUGACUUCACAGUGACUGUUGUUGAUGAAGAAGUCCCAGCUAUUUAUUGUCCAGAUCCCAUCUUCACGGUGACCGAUGCAGGCCAACCAGGAGCUGUCGUUACUUGGACAGUCACAGCUCAAGAUAAUUCUGGGGCUGAGCCAACCAUUGUGUGUGUUGCUGAUGGAGGACUUGUUUCUGGAGAUGAGUUCCCUAUUGGUGUUGCCACGGUAACAUGCACAGCAACGGAUGCUGCCUCAAACGAAGCAAGCUGUUCAUUUACAAUCACUGUAGAGGAUGAAGAAGUUCCAACGAUCACAUGUCCACUUGACAUGACUGCACCAACUGACAUAGGAGUAAACAAUGCUGUGGUCACUUGGCUAGAUCCAGUAGUGACUGAUAAUUCUGGACAAUCACUGACCGUUGUGUGUGUUCCUGAAUCAGGCUCUACAUUUCCACUGGAUGUAGUGACCACAGUGACUUGUACAGUAACUGAUGAUGCAGGAAAUUCAGCUGCUUGUGACUUCACAGUGACUGUUGUUGAUGAAGAAGUCCCAGCUAUUUAUUGUCCAGCUCCCAUCUUCACGGUGACCGAUGCAGGCCAACCAGGAGCUGUCGUUACUUGGACAGUCACAGCUCAAGAUAAUUCUGGGGCUGAGCCAACCAUUGUGUGUGUUGCUGAUGGAGGACUUGUUUCUGGAGAUGAGUUCCCUAUUGGUGUUACCACGGUAACAUGCACAGCAACGGAUGCUGCCUCAAACGAAGCAAGCUGUUCAUUUACAAUCACUGUAGAGGAUGAAGAAGAUCCAACUAUCACAUGUCCACUUGACAUGACUGCACCAACUGACAUUGGAGUAAACAAUGCUGUGGUCACUUGGCUAGAUCCAGUAGUGACCGAUAAUUCUGGACAAUCACUGACCGUUGUGUGUGUUCCUGAAUCAGGCUCUACAUUUCCACUGGAUGUAGUGACCACAGUGACUUGUACAGUAACUGAUGAUGCAGGAAAUUCAGCUGCUUGUGACUUCACAGUGACUGUUGUUGAUGAAGAAGUCCCAGCUAUUUAUUGUCCAGCUCCCAUCUUCACGGUGACUGAUGCAGGCCAACCAGGAGCUGUCGUUACUUGGACAGUCACAGCUCAAGAUAAUUCUGGGGCUGAGCCAACCAUUGUGUGUGUUGCUGAUGGAGGACUUGUUUCUGGAGAUGAGUUCCCUAUUGGCGUUACCACGGUAACAUGCACUGCAACGGAUGCUGCCUUAAACCAAGCAAGCUGUUCAUUCACAAUCACUGUAGAGGAUGAAGAAGAUCCAACUAUCACAUGUCCACUUGACAUGACUGCACCAACUGACAUUGGAGUAAACAAUGCUGUGGUCACUUGGCUAGAUCCAGUAGUGACCGAUAAUUCUGGACAAUCACUGACCGUUGUGUGUGUUCCUGAAUCAGGCUCUACAUUUCCACUGGAUGUAGUGACCACAGUGACUUGUACAGUAACUGAUGAUGCAGGAAAUUCAGCUGCUUGUGACUUCACAGUGACUGUUGUUGAUGAAGAAGUUCCAACGAUCACAUGUCCACUUGACAUGACUGCACCAACUGACAUUGGAGUAAACAAUGCUGUGGUCACUUGGCUAGAUCCAGUAGUGACCGAUAAUUCUGGACAAUCACUGCCCGUUGUGUGUGUUCCUGAAUCAGGCUCUACAUUUCCACUGGAUGUAGUGACCACAGUGACUUGUACAGUAACUGAUGAUGCAGGAAAUUCAGCUGCUUGUGACUUCACAGUGACUGUUGUUGAUGAAGAAGUCCCAGCUAUUUAUUGUCCAGCUCCCAUCUUCACGGUGACCGAUGCAGGCCAACCAGGAGCUGUCGUUACUUGGACAGUCACAGCUCAAGAUAAUUCUGGGGCUGCGCCAACCAUUGUGUGUGUUGCUGAUGGAGGACUUGUUUCUGGAGAUGAGUUCCCUAUUGGUGUUACCACGGUAACAUGCACGGCAACGGAUGCUGCCUCAAACGAAGCAAGCUGUUCAUUUACAAUCACUGUAGAGGAUGAGGAGAUACCAAACAUCUACUGCAGCGAAGACAUUGUUGUGAAAGAGGAUGAAUGUCUCAAUGAAGCUGUUGUUGCCUUCACCGUUACUGGCUCGGAUAACUCUGGCAUUGACCCAACCAUAGUGUGCUACCCUGCAUCCGGCUAUACGUUCCCGUUGGGUACCACAACGGUGACCUGCACUGCAACGGAUGGAAACGGCAAUGAAAACACUUGUGAAUUCACUGUCACUGUGGAAGAUAAGGAUCCUUGUGCAGACAACCAGUGUGUCAAUGGGGGUAUUUGUGUGCCAGACCCUGUCGAUUGUUAUAAAUACACUUGUCUAUGUAACCCAUAUUACAGAGGAGAGUUCUGCGAGAGAUUGUUCCAUGUUCAGCUGGAUGUGCAAGAGGUGACUGUUGACGUACCAGCAGAUGCUCUGAUACAAGAUGGUGGAGUUCAACAAGUCACGCUAGACAUUGUUUUCAUUCCCACUGAGAGCUCGGCUGAUGUGGUGAAUGCCGCUGGAGAUGAUCGCUACAGGAUUCAAGUCUUCCUCGCCACCGAUUCCGAUGGAAGCAACCCAUCACCCUCAACGGACGCUGACCUUACACCCAGUCAACAGUCACAAGACAUCACCGACCUUGUCAAUAACCUCUUUGAUAAUGUGGAUGUGACCCUUGACCUGUCGGAGGUCAGUUGCUUUGAAGGUCAAUUCCAGUAUAUCUGCAUUGAUCUUGGACCGUCGCAAGUUGCCUUGGAUGACGAGAAAUGGGACCAGGCACCACCAGCUAUAAGAGUUGGAUGUGCACCUAUAACCUGCAAAUCCACUGUGGAGGUCAACAUUGACAUUGUGAGAAUCGACUCUCCAAACACUCUGAUCCUCUGCGAUGAAGAAGUGAAUGAAGUCACUGUGAGUGUCAUGGCCACACCUACUACCGAUUCAUCAGCCCCAAUCAAUGCAUGUGGGGUUGACCGAUACUCAUUCACUGCUGUCCUGGCUACGGAUGACCAGGGAAGCCUACCGGUACCUGUUCCUGACGGCGUACUGACAGUACAGGUCAAAGCUCUGGAUUUAGAGGACAACGUGGAAGCUCUCUUCAAUGACAUUGUGUUCACAAUCGAUCUGACAGGAGUAGACUGCCACGAGGCUGGUUACUCUCAUCUGUGUGUCACCUUAGACUCAUCAUUGGCAUGCGCUGAGUCUUGGUGCCAGUCCCCUGAAGCUGUAGACACAAUGUGCACCCCGAUCUUUUGUUCAUCUAAUGUUGAACUCAAUGUGGACUCAGUGGUUGUGACAGUACCUCUAGAUGCAGUAAUCACGGAUGGUAUUCUCCAAGAGCUGACCUUCGACCUGGACUUUACCCCCUCGCCUGGCUCCGCGGCGCCAGUCAACAGCGCAGGAUUGGACCGCUAUGAGGUCAUAGGUUUCCUGUCAGAAGAUCAGUUUGGGACGGUCAAGGUUGCGACGGCGAUCGCUGUCCUGACCCCAGCCCAAGACUCCAUGGAUAUUACUGACAGCGUCACAUCGACCUUCGUCGCUUUGGAGGUGACCCUUGACCUCACGGGGGUCAGUUGCGCAGGAGGGAUCUACACUCAUUUCUGUGCGGAGCUGGAGCCAUCGCUUGAAGCAAGCAAAGUGUGGAAGCAAUCAGAUGAUGCAAUUAAGAUUGGCUGCUUUCCUAUAUGCUGUGCUGAAUCUAUUGACAUCAACAUUGACACACUGACCAUAGACUGGCCAACCAGUCUCAUCAUCCACGAUGGAGGAAUCGCCAACGUCUUCCUCUGUAUCUUCCUGAGCACCACCGAAGGAGCCGACGUCAUCAACGCGAUUUCAACGGACCUCGAGCGUUACGAGAUCACGACAUGGCUGUCCAUCGAUGCGCAGGGCAAUGGCCCCGUGGCAACGACAAAGGGGAAUAUCUUGAAGAAGUUCCAAGUGCAGCCGUUGAUAAACGGAGAGCAGUUCAUGAUGGCUGAGGUUGAUGUGGAGUUUGACUUGAAAUAUAUCGAUUGCCAUGAGACUCAUAUCUGGGAUGUUUGCAUCGACAUCCAACCUGCCGAUCCGUCACGCUGCCUCUGGGCCCAACUACCCACCGCUAUCAACACUAUAUGUACUCCCAUCUAUUGUGUCCCCAAUGUGGAGCUCAACGUUAAUCAGUUGGUUGUUGGAGUACCAGACUACCUCGUUGGUGGAGGGGUCACCUCUGUGACCUUUGACCUCAAGUUCACCCCUAGCCCUGGAUCAUCACCUGCAGUGAACAGCGCCGGCAAUGAUCGCUAUUUGGUUGUUGUGUACUUGGCACAGAAUCUGCAUGGAGACUAUCCUACAGCCUUUGGUGAAGCUGUGCUUUCCGUAGCUCAGAAGCAGCUGGACAUCACAGACAACAUUCAGUCCGUUUUUACCCAACUGACCGUCGACCUGGACUUGACCUCUGUAGAUUGCUCCACAGCCAAGUACAAAUACGUAUGCGCUAAUCUGCUGCCCUCAACGGCUGCCAAGAACAAGUGGGCUCAGUCAUCUGAUGCCAUCAUAACUGCUUGCACCAGUGUGCCUUGUGUUUCGUGCCAUUACGUAUAUGAGACUGUCGGAAACGGCAAUUGGGACUUUGUCUUCGGACAUCUCCAGGUCAACUACAUCACGUUUGCCGUCCAAGCCCACAGCUAUGUCCAUAUUGGUCUCUCUGCUGAGAAUAACUACCUCCCUUACAUGUAUGAGAUCAUCUUCGGAGGAUAUGACAAUAGUAUGAUACUCCUCAGGAGACAGCAGGGUGGUGAAUUUGUCGCCUCGGCGGCAGUUUCUGGCGUUUUAUCAGCACAAGACUACCGAACCUUCUGGAUUGUAUGGCAUCAUGGGACGAUCCUCGUUGGUUUAGGAGGAAGCUACGAAGCCAUCUUGACCUACACCGACCCUGAUCCACUAUGGAUUAAGUAUCUCGGUUUCACAACAUCCUAUAAUAUCAUUGGAUACUGGCAGUUCUGCAAUGUUGAGUAUGGAGGACUACCACCGCUCUUUUCCUACCCACAGCUCUCUGAUUGUGAUGCCUACACUCCUGGUUACUCAGUCGGUGCCGAUCCUUACCAGUACAUCUGGAACCUUGGACUCCUUGAGAGCCACACUGUUCAUUUCGAGGUGUAUGCAACCAGCACCGUGUACCUAGCCUUCUCAGCUGAGAACCACAACCUACCUGACAUGUAUGAGAUCAUCAUUGGUGCAGCGUAUGGUAUGCAGAUUACCAUAGCUCGAUGCCAGGGAUGUGAUCCGGUAGCUUACGCUGUCCAUCCAUGGAUCUUGAACUACUAUUCCUACACAAGCUUCUAUGUUACUAUCGGAGCAGAUGGAACCAUCACUAUCAGUUACAGCAGUUCCCAACACAUCUUGUUGACUUGGCACGAUCCGACACCCCUACCCGUAUCCUACUGCGGUUACUGCACUGGGGGACUACACAACUAUGGACUCUGGAAGUUCUGUCAUGUCUGAUCGCACUGCCUGACUAACUCAUGUCUUCAUUAACAAUCAAGCUGUUUCAGUUAAUUGAUCUAACGCCAUUUAGCAAUCAUCCUGUAACCAGGCGCCAUUAGUUGUCUAGUAACCAGUUAAUAGUUAUUCCUGUAACCAGUUAAUAGUUAUCCUGAAACCAGUUAAUACCAUAGAGUUAUAUAUAAGAACUAGAGGGCGCACUGGUGAUGCUUCUUGUACAAACGCGAUGGGACCGC